CGCGAUGGUUGCGCGACAUGUGCGCGACAACGACAACAUUCUGUGGCUGCGACAACACUCAACUCUCACAGCAAUUCUUUAAAUAACUUUUCAUUUUGUGAGAUUUACAGGUUUUAAGUGUUUUUCUGCUUGUUCAAAUUAGAAUGCCAUUCUAUUACAGUAUAAAAUGAGUGCUGUGUAUUUUAAAACGUAAAGGAGUUAUCAGAAAACUAAAAAUCUGAAAUAAAAAUGAAAGGAGGUUAGGAAUGCGGGCAAUCGCCCAAACAAGUACUCAAAAGCAAAAUGAGAUGAAUUAUUCGAAGUCAUGGCAGAAUUUUUGCCGCUAUGCGAUCUGUUAUUUAACGUUGUAUCUCUAGCCGCAUACUUCUGCGAUCUCGUGUUUGAUUUCUUGGUGGUAUAUGCUUUGUACGAACACGGACUUACUCUGCUUUUUGCCCAGUGUCUUAGUUCAGUUGUUAUUACAAUGUUGAUAUCACAAAUAUUGUCUAUGAAAUGGUAUUUGUCCAAAAGUUCUGCUGGUUGGUCUCGUGUGUUUGUUUUGCUAUUGCAUUGUCUGCAAAUUGGAGUAUUAUGGCGUUAUGCUCGUUUAUUAGUACCUGUUCAACUAUCGACUGUCAAAAAUGAGGUCAGAGAUCUCUGUCUAUUAAGACUGGUCCAUGGGUUUUUACAGGCUGCACCCAUGUUACUGUUACAACUUAGUUUAUUAGCUGAUACAACACAGUCACAAGGUGUGCCAGCUGAUUUAGUUACAGUAUCAGCUUGCUUGUCUCUUUUUUCAGUUUGUUGGGCUUUAGCCUCGUUUAGUAAACACGUACAGAGUGUAGAUAGGCUGGUAUUGACCUGGCUAGGAGUGGUAUCCCAGCUACUGUGGCGAACCGGAACUGUAACAUCGAGGGCCUUAGCAUUAUCAGCUUAUACAGCGAUAUAUCAUUCCUGGAUAUUUCUUGUACUGGCAUUGCAUUGGGCCUGCAUGUUCUUAUGGUUACUGAGCCCACGCAGCCCCUUUCACGGGGAAAGGGGCCGAAAAUUAGGGGUCUGUGCCCUACUAGCAGCUAUAUAUGUUUUAGCAUACAUCAAUUUGCAGGACAAGCCUCACGGAAGAACCAUGACUAUUUUCUAUGUUGUCAUGCUACUGGAAAACUCUCUUUUAGUGGGGGCAUGGGUAGCGGCAGUUUGGAAUUUCAGAUUCGAACAUUGGGAACUAGUUCCCAUUGUCACGGUUUUGUUGUUUUUUCUGGGCAUUGGCUUCAUGCUGCUCUACUACCGAUUCUUUCAUGUUAGACGACUGGUAGAAAAACCAGCUGCAGUGUCUUUGGGUCCGCCUGGGGGCGUGUUUAACUGCAAAUUUGGAGGCUACAAUGGGCCCGCCGCUGCCUCGGCUCUGUAUAGGAAGAAAAAGAAGCCAACAACGUUUGUACCGCCUCCUUCAAACGGUACAAAUUUGGGGCCAAUGGCAGUCCCUUUUUGGCGCAGACCCUUGCCAUCUAGCAGUGAAAAUGAAGGAAGCAGUGUUGGAUCCCGAGUAAACAUACAUCAGAAGUUGCAAGAGAAGAAGCAAAAGCAAUUAGCUGAAUUGAAGAUUAUUGAAGAAGAAAUAAAACAAGGGAAACUGGUGGGACCAGAAAAUACAGAUUUCGAUGACAGGCAGCCCAUACCACGAGCAAAAAAGCAUGUAGAACCCCAACUUUUGAGUUUGGCCUCUUUGAACAACUUGGUUAGCUACGGGGUGAACUUGAACAGAAGACCGCCACCUAGAGCUCCGAGAAACAGAACUCCUGAACUGCUGCUCACACCAAGAUACCUGUACUGUGACUGUGUAGGUGGCAGUAGCGUGAAUAAUAGUCAACCGCCUGUGGAAACAACUGAGUUGGUAGGGGGCAAUACCGGAAUGACCCAUCAUUCAGUAGGCUCAGAUUUGGAAAGCCAAGUGUCUUUGCCUAGAUCAUACACACUGCCCAGGGAGUUCAAAUAUUACAGAAGGCAAAGAACUGGCAGGGCUAUGCAAGCUGUCGCCUCCACUAAUAGCAGCGACGGUGAUGUGGACAGCGCAGACGACGAAUCUGACUGUAAUCCCCCACCUCCUGCUAUUGUUAGACCGCUUCGAAGGCCUUACAGACAUGAAACCAAGUUGUGACCAAAGUGGAAGUUAGGGGACUCUAUUUAUUUCAAUAUUAAUUUAACUCUAAGAAAUUUCAAACAAUUUGUGCCUUUUAUAGAAAUAUAAAGCGAUAUUUUUCGAGACAUUUAAUAUAGUAGUUUGUAUAAUUAUAUAUUUUGGAUAAAGUAAAUUUGUUAAAGGGAAUAACAAAAAACAACAGUAAGAAAAUGUAUGUAUAUUUGUAAAAAACAGACUAUAUUCCAUUUUCACACAAGUUAUAUAAUGUAAUUUUUUUAUUUACUACUGUUUAAUAUUAAGAUUUUAUUUAUUUUUUGUACAUCUCUAGUUUGUAACUUAAAAUAUAAUACUGUUUAUUUUUUUUGAUAUUC